GAAAUUUUGGGUUUUUUUCGGUAACAUUUUUCAACCGCUUUAAGAUGGGAAUGUACAGUGGAAAUUUGUUUCGGGAAAUACUGAGGAUAUUGUAAUCCAAUAUGUAUUAACAGAAUAUGAUAAAUACUGUGAUAGCACAUCAUUAUCAUGGUUUUGAUUGUUGGUGGCAGCGAUUAAGAUUGGCAAUGUCUAAGCGUAUACCCGUAAGGUGUAUAAAAACAGUUCUUCCGUUGACAUGUGCCAUAGUAACCACCUCACAGUCCUCAGGAUGAAGCAGCUUUUCUGUCUGAUUUUGCUUUUUGCAUCAGCUAUUGCAAGUUUCGAGGGAGAACAAUGGCUUAGAUUCACCCAUCGCCACAUGCCCGGUGCAUACCAUAGCAUGGGUCUGACCCAGCGACCACCAAAUCUAGGCCGGAUCGUUGGAGGAGUCGAUGCAAAUAUUGCUGACUAUCCGUAUCAACUUUCGCUCCGCCGUUUUAACGGUCACUUUUGUGGAGCAUCCAUCAUUGCUGCUCGCUGGGCUCUGUCCGCAGCGCACUGUACGUUUCCGCUACCAGCGCCAAGCUCCGUGCAACUUCUGGGAGGAACUGCUGAUCGCACGGCCGGCGGUGUCAUGUUCGAUGUAGAGGAAAUCAUCAACCAUCCAAACUAUGACGACUGGACGGUGGAGUUUGACGUGUGUGUGCUGCGUACCAUGAUCGACUUGAGUGGAGCGAACAUUGUUCCUGUUGCUUUGGAUCCAUCCGGAACAACGCACGCCCCAGGAUCUCGCGCAGUCGUUAGUGGAUGGGGUGUCAAUGGAGCUGGAGUUUCGCCGAUAAUUCUACAACGUGUUGAUAUCCCGAUUGUUUCUGAUGCGGAAUGUACUUCAGCUUGGCCUGCUGGAUGGGUCACUCCGGAUAUGCUUUGCGCCAGCGAACCUGGACGGGAUGCGUGUAAUGCUGAUAGCGGCGGCCCACUCGUUGUGGGAGGUCAUCAAAUAGGAAUUGUUUCCUGGGGCGACCCGAACUGUGUUGGAUCGCCGCCAGGCGUAUACGCACGAGUUGCAUUCCCCACUAUUCGUAGCUUCAUACUGGACACUGCUGGUGUCUAACCGUUGGAUACACAAUUUGAAUAAAACUAAAUAUUGCAAACAUAAUAUUCGGAUUCGGAGAGUGUUAUGUUAUGUCUAUAAUAUGU